ACAAAAUUCGCCAUUCUCAUAUUAACAAAUUAAUUAUUUUAGACAAAAAUAAUCAACAAAAAAUCAGGCACUUUCACUUGCUUGCAAACAAAUGGAUGCAUCUGCCAGUGGUACGACGGCGGACGCCGCCGCCGGAGCCGCAUCCGCAGCGAACACCGGUCCAGAGUACAACGCCAGCUUAGUCAAGAAAGCUAAGUUACAGUCCACAAUGGCGGCGCUCCUCAAUGAUCCCAUACUUUCCGAUGUAACGAAGAACCCUACGCUGUCUGACGUGGACACUCUAAUCAACUUGGAACUCGGCAGCGCCAUGCGCAUCUGCGUCGUGAAAAUGGAUGGUACCUCUGUAGAUGUGGCGGUGAUGAAUUCUGCAACUGUGAAGGAUUUGAAAUUAGCAAUCAAGAAAAAGGUGAAUGAUAUGGAGGAAACAAGGAUGGGCCAUCGCCAUAUUUCUUGGAAGCAUGUAUGGGCUAAUUUUUGUCUUUCAUAUCACAACAUAAAGCUACUUGACGACAACUCUGCACUUCAUACUUAUGGCAUUCGGAAUAAUUCUCAGGUGCAUUUUAUUCCCUAUGUCGUUUCGAGGGCUUUUCAACGGCAUUCUAGGAGGAAAAAACACCGUUUCUUUCAUGGUCUAAACAAAAAGGCUUGAGCAUAAAAAAAAAAAAAAAAAAACGUUUCGUCUUUGAUUCUGUGUUUCUACUGUAAUUACAGAAUAGAUGCAUCCCAACCUUUGGUUCCAUGGUACUCCAUGUUUGUGAUGUAUAGAAGAAAUUGCCUUCAAGAUAUAUUUAGUACGCAUUAUGGACAAUAAAGUGAAAUUUUUAAACUUCGGUUUUUUCUAUGAUAAUACUCUUAUUCA